AAAAAAAAAAAACAUAGGUCGUGUGCAGAGAGAGCCAUGUGAAUUGCAGGUGGUAUAGGGAUGGGAUGCCAAACCUUUUCGACAUUCAUUCUCUCUUCCUUUCCCUUAUUUUAAAAGUCCUUUCCCAUUCAUUCCCUUCUCAUCCCUCUCCUCUGUUCCAAUAUAAUUGAAAAGUUCUUUUUAUAAAGCGUUUUGGGCAAAGCCAAACGGAACUCUAAUUCAGCAAGCUCUUCUCCUUCAUUUGAUCAGCAAACAGAUAGCACUCUCUGUCCGUUUCUUUGGAGAGUUAGGAGGAGGAUUGAGAUUAACAGUGAAAUCAUGGAACCAACAACAACAACAGAGCAUUCAAACAAGCAAUCUCCACUCAAACCACCUCUACCCAGAGACUCCCGAGGCUCACUCGAAGUCUUCAACCCUUCCACCUACAAUUCCAGACCAACAACCAAUCCAACCUUCGCUGCAUCACACUCACAACAACCCACCUGGAAAUCCUGGCUAGAACCACCUCCGCAACCGCCACGUAGCAGUCCUCAGCUGCCGGAGCUCACUUCCAAGUCCGGCGGAGCAAACGCCGACGAAAUCACCUCAUGGAUGGCCCUCAAGGACGCCGCCACCGCCUCAACGUCUUCCCCACUCGCCCAAAAGACUAUCUCCAACGCCAUAAUCAAGGAUCACGGUGGCGGCGACAACCACCACAAGAAAUUGGAUGACGUGGCGUCGGAGAAAGCGUCGGGGGAAGUGGGCGCCGCCGCGAAAAGGGCGGCGGAGUGGGGGCUGGUGUUGAAGACUGAUACGGAAACUGGAAAGCCAAAGGGGGUGAAGGCGAGAACUUCAGGCGAUGAUCCGAAUAAUAAACCCGGGACCAGAAGGGACUCCGGUAACUCUGUCCGGAGCUCCGGUGAUUUAUCUGAUGACGGAGCAGGAAAGGAGAGAGGUCUUCCAAGAGUGUCUGAAGACUUAAAAGAUGCAUUAUCAACAUUUCAACAAACAUUUGUUGUCUCAGAUGCAACCAAACCUGAUUAUCCAAUUCUGUAUGCAAGUGCUGGGUUCUUUAAGAUGACUGGUUACACAUCAAGAGAAGUCAUUGGUAGGAAUUGUCGAUUUUUACAAGGUGCGGGUACAGAUCCAGAAGAAUUGGCAAAGAUUAGGGAAACAUUGCAGGCAGGCAAUAGUUAUUGUGGAAGGCUCUUGAAUUAUAAAAAGGAUGGGACACCCUUUUGGAACCUCCUUACCAUUUCACCAAUCAAGGAUGAUACUGGAAAAAUCCUCAAAUUUAUUGGAAUGCAAGUGGAGGUGAGCAAACACACUGAGGGUGCCAAGGACAAGAUGACCCGUCCCAACGGUCUACCUGAAUCAUUAAUUCGCUAUGAUGCCCGUCAGAAAGAGAAGGCAUCUAGCUCAGUAACUGAGCUAGUGGACGCAGUGAAGAGACCACGGUCACUCAGUGAGUCCACAAACCGUCCCGUCCUGCGAAAAUCAGAGGGUGGCAGUGGUAGUGGCAGUGGCAGUAGUGAAUCAGAAGCUGUAGGGAGACGAAGCUCGGAGACUAUGGGCCUACCUAGACGACACUCGGUGGCUGGCACCAGAACCUCCAUGUCUAUGCAAAAAAUCAUCGAGUUGCCUGAAACGAAACCCAAGAAAUCUGUUCGUCGCUCUUUCAUGUCGAUUAUAAAGAAAAGUCGUCUCAGCAGCGACGAAUUCGAUGUUGGAGUUACUGUGGAGGAUGAUGAGAGUGAUGAUGGUGAUGGUGAUGAUGAUGAUGAUGGGCGGCCAGACAGUGUGGAUGACAAAGUAAGGAAGAAGGAGAUGAGAAAGGGUAUUGAUCUCGCUACAACACUUGAACGUAUUGAGAAAAACUUUGUCAUUACCGAUCCAAGGCUGCCUGAUAAUCCCAUUAUAUUUGCAUCUGAUAGCUUCUUGGAGCUAACUGAAUACAGUCGCGAAGAAAUCCUAGGAAGAAAUUGCAGGUUUCUUCAAGGCCCUGAAACAGAUCCAGCCACAGUGAGGAAAAUUAGACAUGCAAUUGAUACCCAAACCGAUGUUACUGUGCAGCUUAUUAAUUACACCAAAACUGGCAAGAAGUUCUGGAAUUUGUUCCAUCUGCAGCCUAUGCGUGAUCAGAAGGGUGAAGUGCAGUAUUUUAUCGGGGUACAAUUGGAUGGCAGCGAACAUGUCGAGCCACUUCACAACUGCCUCCCUGAGGAAACAGCAGAAGAGAGUGCAAAACUGGUGAAAGAAACUGCUGCAAAUGUUGAUGAUGCAGUGAGGGAACUUCCUGAUGCCAAUUUGAAACCAGAGGAUCUUUGGAUAAACCAUUCAAAAGCAGUUCACCCAAAGCCCCAUAGGAAGGACAGCACUUCUUGGAGGGCUAUUCAAAAGAUUAUAGAGAGUGGAGAACAAUUAGGGUUGAAGCAUUUUAUGCCAAUAAAACCCUUGGGAUCUGGUGAUACUGGCAGUGUGCAUUUGGUGGAAUUGUGUGGAACCGGCGAAUUCUUUGCCAUGAAAGCUAUGGACAAGGGGGUUAUGCUCAACCGCAAUAAGGUGCAUAGAGCUUGUGCAGAAAGAGAAAUCCUAGACAUGCUGGAUCACCCUUUUCUUCCAGCAUUGUAUGCUUCGUUUCAGACCAAAACACAUAUCUGUCUGAUAACUGAUUACUUCCCCGGCGGAGAGCUGUUCGUGCUUUUGGACAAACAGCCGACGAAGGUCUUGAAGGAAGAUGCUGUGAGAUUCUACGCUGCGGAAGUAAUCGUUGCAUUGGAGUACCUGCACUGCCAAGGAAUAAUUUACAGGGAUUUAAAGCCUGAAAAUAUUUUACUUCAAAGCAACGGGCAUGUAUCCUUGACAGAUUUUGAUUUGUCAUGCUUGACAUCAUGCAAUCCCCAGCUUCUGAUUCCCGAACCAAAUGAAAAGAAAAAGCAUCAGAAGGGUCAACAAUGUCCAAUAUUUAUGGCUGAGCCAAUGCGCGCGUCAAAUUCUUUUGUUGGAACUGAAGAGUACAUUGCUCCGGAAAUCAUAACUGGAGCAGGCCACACUAGUGCAGUUGACUGGUGGGCUCUAGGCAUUCUGCUCUAUGAAAUGCUAUAUGGAUACACACCAUUUAGGGGAAAGACAAGGCAAAAGACAUUUGCCAACAUUCUUCAUAAGGAUCUUAAAUUCCCAGGCGCUAUAUCGGUGAGUCUCUCAGCAAAGCAGUUAAUGUACCGGUUGUUGCACAGAGAUCCCAAAAAUAGAUUGGGUUCACGCGAAGGAGCUAAUGAAAUUAAGCAACAUCCUUUCUUCAAGGGUGUCAACUGGCCUUUGGUUCGUUGCAUGAACCCUCCGAAGCUAGAUGCUCCACUCUUUGGGACUGAAGAUGAGAAAGAAGCUAAAGUUAUCGAUCCUGGACUAGAUGAUUUACAGAAAAAUAUUUUCUAAGAGAAUUGGAUAUAUCCAAAUUUUCGUCUCUCAGCGAGUUAGAAUUUCAAUGGUUGCACUGUUUUUUACCUGAGCCUGGGUUUUGCUUCUAGAAUGAAUUCGAGGUUCUUUGAAUCUUGAUCAUUGUUCAAUUUGUAUGUGUGGUUUGAUGUUUUGUAGUCCAUGUUUAUUGAUAUACUUGAAAGUUUUGUUAAUAAAUAACUUUAUUGAAUGCUUCUUCUCUC